AUGAGCCAGGACACCGAGGUGGACCUGAAGGAGGUGGAGCUGAACGAGCUGGAGCCCGAGAAGCAGCCGAUGAACGCGCCGUCCGGGGCGGCCAUGGCCGCGGUCGUGGCGGGCGGCGCCGAGAAGAACGGGCUGGUGAAGAUCAAGGUGGCCGACGACGAGGCGGAGGCAGCGGCCGCGGCCAAGUUCACCGGCCUGUCCAAGGAGGAGCUGCUGAAGGUGGCGGGCAGCCCCGGCUGGGUGCGCACCCGCUGGGCGCUGCUGGUGCUCUUCUGGCUCGGCUGGCUCGGCAUGCUGGCGGGCGCGGUGGUCAUCAUUGUGCGGGCCCCGCGCUGCCGCGAGCUGCCGGCGCAGAGUUGGUGGCACAAGGGCGCCCUCUACCGCAUCGGCGACCUUCAGGCCUUCCAGGGCCCCGAGGGGGGCGACCUAGCGGGCCUAAAGGAGCAUCUCGAUUACCUGAGCACCCUGAAGGUGAAGGGCUUUGUGCUGGGCCCAAUUCACAAGAACCAGAAGGAUGACCUCGCGGGGACCAACUUGGAACAGAUCGACCCCACUUUUGGCUCCAAGGAAGACUUUGACAAUCUCUUGCAGUCCGCCAAGAAAAAGAGCAUCCAGGUCAUUCUGGACCUCACUCCCAACUACAGGGGUGAGAAUUCGUGGUUCCUCCCCACGGAGGUUAACACUGUGGCCACCAAGAUGCAGGAUGCUCUGAGUUUUUGGCUGCAGGCUGGUGUGGAUGGGUUCCAGGUUCGGAAUGUGGAGCAUCUGACAGAUGCGACUUUGUUCUUGGCUGAGUGGCAGAAUGUGACCAAGAGCUUUAGUGAAGAUAGGCUCUUGAUUGCAGGGACCGAGUCCUCUGACCUUCAGCAGAUUCUGAGCCUGCUUGGAUCCACGAAGGACCUGUUGUUGACGAGCUCAUACCUGUCAAGCCCUGGUUUCAGCGGGAAGCGCAUCGAAUUCCUUGUCACCCAGUUUUUGAACGCCACUGACAAUCGCUGGUGCAGCUGGAGUCUGUCUCAGGCGGGGUUCCUGACUUCCCUUGUGCCGGCUCAUCUCCUCCGCCUCUACCAGCUGCUGCUCUUCACCCUGCCCGGCACCCCGGUUUUCAGCUAUGGAGACGAGAUUGGCCUGGAGGCAGCUGCCCUUCCUGGCCAGCCUGCGAAGGCUCCGUUCAUGCUCUGGGAUGAAUCCAGCUUUCCCAACAUCUCAGGACCUGGAAGUAGCAACAUGACGGUGAAGAGCCAGAAUGAAGACACUGGUUCCCUCCUCUCCCUGUUCCGGAGGCUGAGCGAUCAGCGAGGCAAGGAGCGCUCUCUGCUGCACGGAGACUUCCACGUGCUCUCGUCGGGGCCGGACCUCUUCGCCUACAUCCGCCAAUGGGACCAGAACGAGCGUUUCCUGGUAGUGCUCAACUUCGGGGAGGUGGGCCAGCCUGCCAGGUUGGGGGCCUCUGGUCUGCCGGCCACUGCCAGCCUGCCAGCCAGCGUCGACGUGCUGCUCAGCACCAGGCUAGACCGUGAGGAGGGUGCCUCUCUGGAGCUGGAGCACCUCAACCUGGAGCCCUACGAGGGGCUGUUGCUCCGCUACCCCUAUGUGGCCUGACAGGCAGGACCCACCGCCCCUCCCCUCCCCAGGCCCUUUGGGUCCUGGUUUCUUUUCCUUUUUUUUUUUUUUUUUUAACUGUCACAGAUUACAAUUGAAACCCCAGAUAAGGUGUGUUCUGGCUUCAAAUAAAAGUCACUCCCACUUGGUGA